AUGGUGGCGAGAUCGGCUGUGCCGGAUUUCUCCGUCGCCGCCGUCGGCGACGUCGACGGCGACGGCCGGUCCGAGGUCGUCGUCGGCGCGCCGUUCUGGGACGCGCCGGGCCGCGUCGACAGCGGCGGCGUCUUCGUCUACGGCCUCGCCGCGGACGGGUCCGUGCGGUCGACGCAGACCUACGGCGCGCGGAACCGGGGCAGCGUCCACCUCGGGUCCAGCGACAACUUCGGCGUCUCCGUCGCCGCCGUCGGCGACGUCGACGGCGACGGCGCGCCGGACGUCGCGGUCGCGGUGGGCGCGCACAAGUACGACGACCCGGAGACGGGCCUGGAGAACGUGGGCUGCGUCUACAUCUGCUACAUGGACGCGAAGCGCACCGGCGUGCGCGACUGCGUCCGGCUGGCGGCCGCGCGCCACGCGAACGUGCUCGACGACCCCUACCCGUCGCUGCGGACGAACGACUACUUUGGCGUGUCGCUGGCCUCGCUGGGCCGGGACGGCGACGGCCAUCUGGAGCUGCUGGUGGGCGCGUCGGGCGUCGACGACGGCGGCGCGCGGGCCGGCGCGGCGUUCCUGCUGACCGUCGACAAAGACGG